AUGAGGUUAUCAUACGCUGACGUCGUUGCUAAACCCCCUCGUCCCCGACCCACAUCCAUUGAAUCCCACCGCCGUUUCAUCACCAACACUAGUUACGUUCAGAAUCUUGAACAAUGUGAUACCCCAAUAAACAUUAACGCAAAUGAAGAAACCGAAUUUCCAGAUAAAAUAAAAGAUGGUGGGUUAGAUUUAUCAGUCGUUGUAACCGGGCCGGAUGUACCCAGUCCGAUAGUCAAUUUUACAGAUGUCGAUUUUAGUCCGACUAUUAUCAAGAACAUAAGGAAAGCUUAUGUCUGUCCCACUCCGAUUCAGAGACAUGCGAUUCCGGUAAUAAUGGCUGGCCAUGAUAUAAUGGCUUGUGCUCAGACGGGAAGUGGGAAAACGGCCGCAUUUUGUUUUCCGAUUAUUUCUGGGGUGUUGAAAGAAUUCCGGAGAGUGCCCGAACGGCUGGAGAAGGUUGCUUGCCCUCUUGCGCUAAUUCUUUCGCCAACCAGGGAGCUAUGUUGUCAGAUAUUUGAAGUAUCGAAAAACUUCUGCAAUCAAACUGGUGUAAAAGUUGCUGCUGCUUAUGGAGGUGAACCAAAAUCCCUUCAGCUUAAAAGCUUUGAGAGCGGUGUGGAUAUACUAGUUGCCACUCCCGGAAGAUUGAUUGAUUUUUGUGAAUUAUCAAAAGUUUCACUGAAAAUGAUAAAAUACAUGGUCAUAGAUGAAGCUGAUCUUAUGUUACAUAUGGGAUUUGAACCUCAAAUCAGAAAGAUUGUGGAGCAUACUGAAAUUCCUAGAGUCGGUCGAAGACAAACCAUGUUGUUCUGUGCAACAUUGCCUUACAAAGUUCAGACACUUGCAUCGGCUUUUCUUUCAGACCAUGUUUUCAUUUCUGUUGGAAGAGGCGGUUCAAGUACACAUCUGAUUAUACAAGAACUAAUGCUGGUUGAGGAUAAUGAGAAACCACAGCGCUUAAAAGAGCUUCUUGAUUAUCCGAUUGCUAAUGGAAAUUUAGGAAAGACUGCACUGGUUUUGAUCUUUGUGGCGACAAAGAAAGGUGCAUAUUCACUCGAAUGUUGGCUUAACUGCAACGGGUUUUCUGCUGUGUCUUUACAUGGGGAUAAAUGUCAAAUGGAAAGAGAAAGGGCGCUAGCAUCUUUUAAAAUGGGUUUGACGCCAAUUCUGGUGGCUACUGACCUGGCAUCAAGAGGUCUUGAUGUUGCUGGUAUUGCACAGGUUGUGAACUAUGACCUGCCGCGGGAUAUUGAUACUUAUGUCCAAAGAAUUGGCAGGACUGGGCGUGCUGGAAAAGGCGGACGGGCAACGUCUUUUUUCACAUCUAAGAACUUGUGCCUAGCUAAAGCACUUUCUGCGCUUUUAAAGGAAUGUCAUCAAGAUGCACCAAAUUGGCUUUAUAAGUAUGCUGAGAGAUACAUGUGUUUGAAUGACCAUCAUCUUGAUUUUAACAAGAGUCUGAAGAUUGUGAUGCGAUAUCUUGUGACACUAAGGAACUAA